UUGGUCCUCUUUAUUAGUUUUUUCUUGGUGGCUCCCAAUCAGUGCCUAAAAUCGAGUCAACAUAAGAGAAGUUUGUUAGAACUAAGUUUGGUUAAUCCGUAUACAUUUGUUUGUAACUGGAUUUUUUAAGCACGUGCUGUGGCGACCCUCUGAAGAUUUGUGGUAUAAUGCCAAGUAAGAAGAAAAAAUAUAAUACUCGUUUUCCAGUGUCACGCAUUAAGAAGAUUAUGCAAAGUGAUGAGGAUGUUGGAAAAGUUGCUCAAGCUGUGCCAGUUAUAAUCUCUAGAACUCUAGAGUUAUUUGUGCACUCCUUAUUGACAAAAACUAUGCAAAUCACGAGUGCCAAGAAUGCUAAGACACUAAGUCCUUCUCAUAUGAAGCAGUGUAUUCUUUCAGAAAGUCGGUUUGAUUUUUUAAAAGAUUUAGUAAAAGGCCUACCAGACAUAUCAGGAGCAGAUGAAGAAGUACCUACACCACCCAUGACACCCGCUCCUAUGUCUGUUAAUCCACUGACAGUUGUAUGCCCACCUGCAGUACGUCAUUCCGAAGCUAGUAUUCCAAAGGAAGUACAAUCAUGUGAAAUAAGUAUAAGUCGCAGAAAUUCAAAAGAUAUUAAAGGAAUAGGAAGCACUAGCACAGUGGUAUUGAGUGAAACAGCUAAGGUUGCAUCCACACCAAGUGCUCCAGAGUUUCAAAUAUCGGUACCUACCUCAUUUCAAAUUAGUCAACCUAAUUUUUAUACCGAAGUGAAUCCCAUUAAUCUGAGCAGUCAUCCUUCUAAUAUGAGUACCAAUGACCUACCUACAUCUAAUUUUACUCAUACUGCCAAUAUUGAUGAGGAUUAUGAUACGUAGUUUUUCUUUCCACAAUGUUCCCUUUGGUCUAAUGUUUGAGGUAGACCCGAGUCUUAUACAUAAAAAUUAAGUAACAUCGUAAUAAUCAAUGGAUUACUUAUAAUACUACUGAAAAACUAUCAGUAGUUGUGCAGGCUCAUAAAAGAGAGGUGAACAGUUUGCAUUUUUUUGUGUUGAGCAAACAGGAGUUAUCCAAAUUUGCUUGUAAAAAUAGUUUUACGAAGUUACUACGUAUCGUAACUUAAGUUUUAUGGAAACGAAGAAUUUUCUAUUGUAAAUAUUUAUCGUAAAUUAGUCGAUUGGUCGACGUAUACGUAUGCUACAAUAAUUAAUUUCUUAAAAAUGAUUUUUUAAACACAUCAAAAUCCCAGUUAGGUCGUAGUAUGAUUUCUAUUUUAAUGUUAAGUAUGACGUAUUUAACUUUCUAUUAAAUAUACAUAAUCGUUUAUAUGUUCAGCAUACGUAAUAAAAACUGUAAUUCUCUUA